CUCUGCGGAAGUAGCGGCCGCAGCUUACUAGGGGCGGGUUAGUCCUCCUGGACUCAGACGCGUCACGUCACCCCGGGGACCGCCACCAUCCUACUCCCGUCCGCGGGAAGGAAGGGGCGUAUGCAAACAACCUGGAGUUCCAAGUUCCCGAUUAGUCGGUCGGAGGCCUCCUCCCCGCCGUGCACCCGCGGCCGGCGCCGUAGGCAUGCGGGCGCGGCCUGCGCGCGCGUGAGCGAGGAUGGGGACGCAGGGCAGCCCAGUCAAGAGCUACGACUACCUGCUCAAGUUCCUGUUGGUGGGCGACAGCGACGUGGGCAAGGGCGAGAUCCUGGAGAGCCUGCAGGACGGGGCGGCCGAGUCCCCGCCGUACGCCUACAGCAACGGGAUCGACUACAAGACUACCACCAUCCUGCUGGACGGCCGGCGGGUCAAGCUGGAGCUCUGGGACACAUCGGGCCAGGGCAGGUUCUGCACCAUCUUCAGGUCCUACUCCAGGGGCGCACAGGGGAUCCUCCUGGUGUACGACAUCACCAACCGCUGGUCCUUUGACGGCAUUGACCGCUGGAUCAGAGAGAUUGACGAGCAUGCACCUGGGGUCCCCCGGAUCCUGGUUGGGAACCGGCUGCACCUGGCCUUCAAGCGGCAAGUGCCAACGGAGCAGGCGCGUGCCUACGCGGAGAAGAACUGCAUGACCUUCUUUGAGGUCAGCCCACUGUGCAACUUCAACGUCACCGAGUCCUUCACGGAGCUGUCACGCAUCGUGCUCAUGCGGCACGGCAUGGAGAAGAUCUGGAGGCCCAACCGAGUGUUCAGCCUGCAGGACCUCUGCUGCCGUGCCAUCGUCUCCUGCACCCCCGUGCACCUCAUCGACAAGCUCCCGCUGCCUGUCACCAUCAAAAGCCACCUCAAGUCCUUCUCGAUGGCCAAUGGCAUGAAUGCUGUCAUGAUGCACGGGCGUUCCUACUCGCUGGCCAGUGGGGCGGGGGGCGGCGGCAGCAAGGGCAACAGCCUCAAGAGGUCCAAGUCCAUCCGCCCCCCACAGAGCCCACCCCAGAACUGCUCCAGGAGCAACUGCAAAAUUUCUUAGCGGGGCAGGCUAGUGCCUCCUGUGCCUGUCCAGAUGCACUGGGGAGCGAGGGCUCAGGCUUGGGGAAGCUCCUGGCACCAUGUGCAGGGAAGACUUUGGCCACAGGGUACCCUCCUGGGAGCAUGGGCACACCUCGUGGGCAGGUGGCCUCCACCCGAUGAGCCCUGUAGGACAGACAGCAGAGGCUGCGCUGUGGAGCGAGCCCAGGUCACCAUGUGCUCUGCCUGGUCCCGCCUCCAGGGGACUGUCCUGGGUUCCCACAGAGCCUGGCUCACUUUUAUUUAUACAGAAGACAUUUCACCACUUUCGUACCUUUUUAAAGGGCUGACGGGGAAGCCUUAAUGCAGCCACGGGGUGAGCAUGAGUCCACUCGUGGGGACGAACUUGGGGACAUUAGAGAGGGAGGGAUUUGCAGCAAAGAUGGGAAGGAAUCUGGUCACGUACACUUCAUGUGGUGUGUGGGCUAUACAGGGGCCCGUGGGGACACGUGGAGCUUCGGGCCACCGUCUCGGACCCCACUGCUCAUUUUGGCCUUUCUGAGCAUGGUGGUCAAUGUGCCCAGCACUGUGUGGUGCCGGUGUGGGCCUGGCCGUCUGCACAGUGGGGCUGCAGCUUCCCGGGCGAUGUCCCAGUGUGUCAUGGAGCCAUGGGAUCCCAAGUGGAGCACCGACGUUUCUGGAAGAGGAGAAGCGGGGUGCACCCCACAUCCUUUCCUGUGUGAGGGCAUCUUGGGUCACGUUUACAUAUGUUGCUACGUGAGACAGGCUCAGCAUCUCUCCGAGUGAAGAUGCAAAGCCAUCUGCAGGUGAUAAGUAUUCAAGGGGCCGCCUGGUGCUGUGCGGUUCUGUACUGAGUCACUGCCCACUCGCCUCCCAGGCGUCUGGACCCAACUCUUGCCAGCUUCUGUUCCUUGACCUUGGGUGUCACCCCAUAGCUGCUUCUUGCCCAGCAUCACCCCUCUGCGAGGUCCCAUGGCACCAGAACCAUUCUACCCAUUUCUUUCUUUCUUUUUUUUUUUUUUUUAAGCUGAUCCAUCCUGCCAUCUGUUGGCAGCUCAGCAGCUGCUCAGC